AAUGUGUUUUCUUGAAGCUAUAUAUAAGUAGCUAGAAUGGUUUUGAGAACCCAUCAAGUAUAUUACCUUUUUACUGCUUUCAUGCCAUACUCCAUUUCUGAAUAUUUUUCAUUUCUCUGCAACCACAGGGUCCAAAAUGCAGCUAGCAAAAUACCUGCUCUUAUCAUCUAAUUUCUGACGUUCCUCAAUUACUUGUUUACCAUAUUUCCCUGACACACUCUUCAUUUUGGUUUGCCUUCAUCUUUGAUUUUAAUCUCAUCAAUUUCAAAAUGAAGAUUCUGGGUGGAGGGUCUCUUCAACAUGUCUAUGCAUUCCUGGUUUUACUUCAUGUGCAAUCUUCCAUUGGAAUCAGUUCAACAACUGCUGGUGAUGAAGUUAGGUGCAUAGAGAGCGAAAGACAAGCGCUUUUGGCAUUUAAGCAAGGUCUGGUUGACGAAUAUGGCUGGCUUUCCUCAUGGGGCAGUGAACAAGAGAGAAAGGAUUGUUGCAAAUGGGAAGGAGUUCAAUGUAGCAACACAACUGGGCACAUCAUUGUGCUUGAUCUAACUACAAUGCAUGAUGAUCAUGGUUAUUAUCUUGGCUUGAGAGGUAACCUAAGUCCUUCUCUGUUUGAGUUGUACCAUUUAACUUAUUUAGGCCUCACUGAAAUUGAUUUCAACUUUAGCCUCAUUCCGAAGUCCAUCAACUCGCCCAACAAAAUACAACAUCUUGAUCUUAGUUAUUGUAAUUUAAGUGGACCUCUUCCUAGCCAGCUUGCAAACCUCACAAGUUUGCAAUAUCUUGAUCUUGGCUUUAAUAACUUCAAUACUGUCAAAAAUCUUGAAUGGCUUUCUUAUCUUUCUUCUUUGAAAUACAUUGAUUUGAGUGGAAACGACCUAGGAAAGUCCAUCCCCAUGAUUAAUACGUCUACUUUUCUCACUGACAUUGAUUUAAGGGUAAACAAUUUGAAUUCCUCCACAUUCCACUGGUUGUUCAACUUCAGCAAGAGCCUUGUUUAUCUUGACUUGUCUGACAAUCAGUUUCAGGGUUUGAUUCCAGAAAAUCUCGGUCACAUGACUUAUCUUAAAAAGCUAAAUCUCCUCCAAAACCAAUUUGAAGGAGGGAUUCCAAAAUCCUUUGGGGAUUUGUGCAACUUACUUUCCCUAGACGUAACUUAUAACAAUCUUAACGGGUUGCUUCCUGAAAUCAUUGAUAGCAUCCGAGAGUGGUUUUGGAACCUAUCUUCUAAAGCAUUUCAUGUCAAUCUUUCUUCCAAUCAACUCUAUGGAGUUUUGCCAAAUUUGUCAACUACAAAAUUCGCUGAUUCUUUUGGCCCUGGGAUAGAUUUGAGUAAAAAUAAGUUGGAGGGUCUAUUACCAGUAUUCCCUGUUAAUGUCACAUCCAUACACUUAUCAGAAAAUAGGUUCUUUGGGUCAAUUUCUUCUCUCUGCACCAUAACUGGUGGGAAACUUGAGAUCCUUGAUGUUUCGCACAAUCAACUAUCUGGAAAGCUUCCUGAUUGCAUGAUGCAAUGGACAAGUUUAGCGAUUCUGAAUUUGGCCAAUAAUCAUUUAUUUGGGAAAAUUCCAAGCUCUAUUGGAUAUUUGCAUCGUCUUGAAUCGUUGGGUUUGCAAAACAACAAUUUCUCUGGAGAAAUACCUUUGUCUCUAGGAAAUUGCAGUGCCUUGCAAUUUUUGAACUUAAAUAAUAAUAGCUUCUUUGGAAAAAUACCAACUUGGAUUGGAGAAAGGCUAAGUUCACUAAUUUUCCUUCUCCUGAGGUCCAAUCAUUUCAGUGGAGACAUCCCCUUGAAGCUAUGCUGGUUGAAAAAAAUGACGCUGCUAGACCUCUCCAACAACAAUCUAUCUGGAAACAUACCAUCGUGCAUCCAGAAUCUGACCACAUUAGCCCAAAAGGAGAGUUCAGCCAUUGAUUAUUCUUUUGCAGAUUCAUAUGAUGAUAGAAAGAUUCCAGUCCAGGUAUCUGUUCUCUCGGAACUGGUUCAAUUGAACUUAUCAAGAAAUCGGUUGACGGGAUGUAUUCCUUCAAACAUUGGGCAGAUGAGCCAGUUAGAAUCACUUGACUUGUCAUGGAACCAGCUUUCAGGUCAGCUUCCUUGGAGCUUGUCCCAAUUAUAUUUUCUCGGCGUCUUGAACCUGUCAUAUAACAACUUUUCUGGGAGAAUCCCGUCGGGAACCCAAAUACAGACAUUUGAUGCUUCAUCAUUUGUCGGUAAUCCUGCACUCUGUGGGCUUCCUUUAACACCAACUUGCCCGGAAGAUGAAAAAUCAGAGAGCAAAACAAAAAACAGAGACAUAGCUGAAUUCUGGAAAUGGUUUGAAGCGGGUAUGGAACUUGGAGCGGCUAUCGGCUUUGUGGGAGUUCUGGCUGUGAAGUUAGAUCAUUCAUGGAAACAUCUCUGUUUCCUGUUGUUCAACAACGUGAAGCACAGCCUCGGCAACUUGAAGGACUGCCUCUAUUUACUUGUAGCAGCAGUUGGUUUGCUGGUGAGAGAGCAUGUAUCCAGAUUGGGAAGAAAGUUGAAGUUGUUCGGGUAUCAGUCUCUUCCUAGAAGCGGGUAAAGGUCGAUACAUGUACACAUUUAUUCUAAUCUUGUAUGGCAUCUUCAUAACUUGAUUAUAAAAGGGAAAAAAAAAUAACAGAGCAAAUAACCUCUUAUUUGUUGUUUUUCAGGUUCAAGAUGUUUCAUGUUGCAAAGUGAACUUCCAGGAUGUCUUCUCCUCUUUCCGCAUCAAUAAGUCCAAGCCGAGCAGGGCAUUGUUUCUUCCUUUAUUUAUAAGUAUGUCUGGUUGUAAGGUCUGUUUAAAUGAAAUGAUUGACGCUUU